ACGUCGAUGACGAGCCUACUGCCUUCCUAUUCGGAGUCCCCGCUGCAUAUAUCAUCACCAUCGCGCCUCGAACAGGUAUGCGGCAGAUGAUCCAGUCGCGGUACUGCUUCGGGAAAUACUGCAACAUCCUGACCUCCGUCGUCGUAACCCUCACCGUCGGUGGCUUCGGUGUCACAGGCAGCAUCAACGGAGCGCAGUGUCUUGCGGCCGUGCGCCCAGGAACGCUACCGGUCGAGGGCGCCAUCGCCAUCAUCAUGGUGUUGUCGCUCGCCAUCGGCUUCAUGGGUUACCGCGUGAUGCACCUGUUCACGCGCUGGGCGUGGAUCCCCACGCUCGCCGCCAUCAUCGUGCUCGUCGUGUGUGCGAGCCCACAGCUCGCUCAGCAGGCCCCCGCGCGCAUCCGCCACGCACAGGACUACCUAGGCAUGGUCGCCUUCGCCGCCGGCAACAUGGUCACCUGGGGUAACGUCGCUGGCGACUACGCUUGCUACAUGCCGCCGACGGCCCCGCGCCUCCGUCUCGCCGUCUAUUGUCUCCUCGGUAUCGCAUUGCCCUUCUCCCUGCUUAUGGUGCUCGGCGCCGCCAUCGGCGGCGCGGUGUUUGCCAUCCCCACUUGGGCUGCCGCGUACCGGGCUGGUGGCGUCGGCGCCGUCAUUGGGCAUAUCCUGAUCACGCGGCUCGGCGACUUCGGCCGGUUCGUGCUCGUAGUGCUCGGUAUCUCAGUGCUUGCGACAUGCGGCCGCGACGUGUACACGAUCUCGUUCAACCUGACGGCGGUGGCGCCAGCACUACGACGUGUGCCACGCAUCGUGCUCUCAGUCGUGGCGACGGCGGCAAUCAUCGCAGUCGCGAUCCCGGCGUCGCAGUCCUUCGUGCGGUCCGUGACCGCCUUCCUCAGUAUCAUCGGCUACUACGCUGGCGCGUCGGUCACCUGCUUCCUCGUCGAGUUCCUCUGGUUCCGGGGCGGCGACCCGGCGAGCUUUGACCCGCGCAUCUGGGACGACGGCCGCGCGCUGCCGACCGGCCUGAGCGCGCUCGCGUCCGUCCUCAUCGCCUGGGCCUUCAUCAUACCCUCGAUGGCGGCCGACUGGUACACGGGCCCGAUCGCCGAGAAGACGGGCGACCUCGGCUUCGAGUUCGCCGUCGUCGUCGCGUUCCUAGCGUACAUGGCCUUGCGGUCGUUAGAGAUAAAGAUUCGCGGGCGUCUGUGAGGCCGAGAUAGAUAACUACUACGUAGAGCAUGGGAGUACUCUGGUUAAAUUGUGUCACGGCAUUUCUGGCUCGGGAUAUGGGAUAGAGCAAGGCGAUCGGGAUAUCUUAGUGUUGGGCUCAAUGGUAAUACUCAGUAUUUAAUGCCUACUUCCGUCUUCACUUUCGGCAGCUGUAACCUGAGCACUUGUAGAUCCUGCAUAGUCAUGUUACCUAGAUGUUACCCUCUGC